AUGCCACAAACUAUAGACGACGCGGUUAUCAACGAGCUACGAUUCUUUCUCGAGAAGAUUAACUCUCUCAACCACAUGAUCGAGACAACAAACGAUGAGAAAUUACCAAGGCUCAUUGAGAAACUUCGACGGAUCGAACAACGAGUCGCGUUAAUCCACACCUUUUUCAUGGCAUCCUCGUACAACACCGCCACAAUGCAAACACAAGACAGCAACACGAACCGGCCUUCCCUUCCGUGA